CGCGUCUCGUCCCGUUGCAUCUCACAGAACACUCUUUUUUCUGCGGUCAUCAACUCAUACAAUAACGUUCGCGCUACUGACGCAACUUACGCAACAUAACCUUCUCGGGCCAAUUAGUGUCCGCCGUAUUAGCCCACAGAAACGUGUAUUUCUGUCUACCGCAAAGUGCGUCUGUGCGUAAUUUAAUUAUAGGAAUAACGCGUAGCGUGCUAUAGAGAUUGUCCACAUCGGAGUUGGGCGCGUCGUCCCCAUCAAGUUUUUAGUAAUUAUUGCAAGGGUAUGAAGAACGAUCCAAACAGCAGCAGUUGUGUCGUGAGAUCACCAAGUGCCAGUUAACUCGAUAUUUCUCCACUAUGGAGAAUCAAGGCUUCCAUCAUCAGACUCUUUCGACUCAUCAGUCCUUCUGGAAGAAGAAUACACGAGCUGUGCCAGGAAGGCCAAGUCCAAAGCAAGAUAUUAGACAUGGCAAGUUUAAUACUAUGGCAAUUGGGUCUGGUAAUCUGACAGGUACUACUAAUAGUAGUGGCAAUACCGGUGGAAGCAGUGGCUCUACUUCCUUCCAAGACUUUCAAGAAAGUGUUGAUGAUGCUUGGGACUCGGGUGACGAUGAAUUUUGUACUGUCUCAGAUGUGAAGAUAUCAAAGAAGGUCAGUCACUCAGCAGCCCUCAGUGUCAUUAACAGCCACAGAUCGGGCAACGUGUGUGCAGAAAGACAAACAAAGACAGUUCAACGGGAAAUUAUUCCUGAAGAGAAGAAGGCAGAGGCUCUUCAACGACUGGCAGUGCAGCCAUUGCAUCUGCGCAAUGCGAAUUUGCUUGCUCACUCACAAGUGAUCAACAGUCAGCAUCUCACCAGCGAGGACAUGGAUUUGAAGUAUAGCGUAUCGCCUCAGCACAAACCAACACAGUUUCCUGGUAGACCACAACCAUUAAGGCAAACUAACGCACCUGCCAAGUUUUUUAUACCUUCUAAAGAACAAGAUGGCGAAAGUAAAGUGGAUAAAUUUCAAUUACUUCUGGAAGCGUCUGUGCUGAAUUUGGAAGAACUAAGGCAAUUGUCAUGGUCGGGUGUACCCGCCAAAUUGCGUUCAGUCACUUGGCGGUUGUUGUCUGAAUAUUUGCCGGCUAAUCUAGAGCGUAGGCAGCAUGUGCUGGAGCGCAAACGUUUGGACUACUGGAACCUGGUGAAGCAAUACUACGACGUUGAACGCGAUGAGGCCUUUCAAGACACGUAUCGACAGAUUCAUAUCGACAUACCGCGGAUGUCGCCGCUCAUAUCGCUAUUCCAGCAGACGACGGUGCAACUAAUAUUCGAGAGAAUACUAUAUAUCUGGGCAAUCAGGCAUCCUGCGUCCGGCUAUGUCCAGGGUAUGAAUGACUUGGUGACACCCUUCUUCUUAGUCUUCUUGCAAGAGGCCGUACCUGUGCAAGCUUGGCAAGAUCUAGAGAAUUACGACGUAGCGUCAUUGUCGAAGGAGCAGCGUGACAUCAUCGAGGCCGACAGCUUUUGGUGCCUGUCGAAAUUCCUAGAUGGUAUACAAGAUAAUUACAUAUUUGCUCAAUUGGGAAUUCAGCAUAAGGUGAAUCAAUUGAAGGAAUUGAUACAGAGGAUUGAUGCGCCGCUGCAUCAGCACUUACAUCAGCACGGGGUGGAUUAUCUACAGUUUUCGUUUCGGUGGAUGAAUAAUCUACUGACCAGGGAGAUCCCACUUCAUUGUACUAUUCGUUUAUGGGAUACCUAUCUAGCGGAAUCUGACAGAUUCGCUUCAUUUCAGCUCUACGUAUGCGCGGCCUUUCUUCAGCGUUGGAGGCAUCACUUACUUUUGCAACCUGAUUUUCAAGGGCUGAUGUUAAUGCUACAAAACCUGCCCACUCAGAAUUGGACGGAUUCGGAGAUUGGUAUGUUGGUUGCCGAGGCGUACAGGUUGAAGUUUACAUUCGCCGACGCGCCGAAUCAUUUGCAAGCUCACGAUACCAGGUGACCAUUUUUAGACGACUUGAGUUGAAGUUAUUAUCAUGAAUAAAAAUAGUGGCCAAACCAUCGAGGAGUUGACGAUACAAUGUUAUCGCUAGCCCUCCUCUUCCGUCUUACCGUCGCUAUAUAUGUUGCGACGUUCAGUUUAUCACGGCCAUAUUGUGAAAGUUUCUGGGACGCGUGGUGUUCUACGUUUUCUCCUACGUCGACUAUUAGGUUUUCUCAAUUUCUACGCGCGUCGUUGUAGAAUUUAUUCUUUUGUUAUACGAGGAGGAUUUCGUGGAGAUGUUUUAGGUAUACUCGCCAUAUUCCGCACCGGAAUAAAAUAUGUAAAUGCGAUUUGAAAACAGGCGCGAAGAAUGUAACGCGAAUCAAUUGCCAUUUCCCGGUUUGCAUUACAUUUUUAUAUAUAGUAAGUCUCAGACCUUAUAUAUACAGAUAAUAUAUAGACAGAAAAGUUUUAUAUA